CAGCUUACUAAUCAUUGUCAGCGUCUGCACUGGUGUUAUUAUGUUUAAAUCACUUCCUCGGUGGUUUUUCCACCCUUCUAACAUAAUGCAGGAAUGGAUAUUCUUUUGCGACACAAUUUCUGUCAGAUAAUAGUAAAGUGGAAUAGCACUGAAUAUAACAAGCCUUUCAUGCUGCCAGUGUACAGUGUUAAGCCCAAUGCCCAUACAAAUCUGUUCCAAUAGAUUAUACAUAUAGCCAUUAUUUGGCCCACAUAAACAAGAGGUAGUGUGUGAUGAAGUAUUUAUUCAUUUAGACAUGGGAUUUUUUGUCGGUUCUAGAGCUCUGGAACAGGCAGAUCAGUCAGCAGAGUUGGUGGGCAGAUUAAACUAGAAUACGUUACCAUUAAACAACUGAAAACUGCAACCAAAGUGAUCAGUUAAAUAUAAAAUUUAGUGACAGCUCGUUAAAGAGUUUUCCCCUUUGAUAUGUUGUAAACAAACCCUUUGACCCUGGAGUAUAUUUCUUUUUUUUCCUUUUUUAUAACUAAGAAUAUCUAGAUACACAGAGUAGUGAUGUUCAGUGGCUAGCUCUUUGAAAUAAAUAUAAACAUAGUGCAAAAUAAGAUUCUCACAUUGAGAUCAAAUGCCACACUAUCACAGUAUUUACACCACAAAUUUCAAAGAAAAAUAUGCAACAUGAGAUCAUUUAUUUUGUUUAAAACAAAAAGAAAACAAAUGUUGCUGUUAAAAUAAUAGAUUGAUUAUUUCACUUGUGUAUAUUAUUUAUAUCAUUAUACAGGUAUAAUUAUUACAGCAUGAUUGAAGCGUUAAGCUGUUUAAAAGCCGUAGCUUUUUGAAGCCUUGGUAUUCCUGUCCAUUCAUGCAUGCCAGUUUUGCAUACAUGUUUCGUUUUUCGCUUUUUUUCUGUUAUGUUCAGCAUUUUGGCUUAGUUUGACAUCAGCCCUGUAUAAAUAAUGAUGGGUUAAACAUUGUUAUAGGGAUCCUGUAUAUAGCCUCACUUACAAAUGCAGCUAAAAUCCAGAAGGGUUCCAUUUAGACAUAAUUUUGUGCACAUGCAAGGCAGUGAUGGGUAUGUACGCGAUUUGAUUUAAAAAAAAAAAAAAAAAAAAAAGAGGACACAGUUGGUGGCUUCAUGAGUGAAGCAAUAGGGUUUAUCAGGCGGCUUUCAGAUCAUCAAACAAUCAGCACUAAAAACAGGGAGUGAGUGUCAGCAGACACAUUCAGUUCCGUAUUGGACAUGUUCAACAGUGUUAUCGGCACUUGAUGUAGCCAUAGGUUAUGACUUCAGAUCAGCGAUGGUAGCGACUGAGGGGCCCCUGAUAGCUCGGCAAGGACUCUCUGGACAGCCUGUAUCAUGUUGAUCUCCCUUUGCCAGCCAAGAUGUGGGAUCAGCUGCUGUUCCGCUGGCCGGCCCUUUGUUUCCAGGCCUAACAGGUGUAGCAGCAUGCUGUGCCAAGACUACCAUUGCCCCCCUGGACAGAGUCAAGAUUCUUCUUCAGGGCCAGAGCCCACAUUACAAACAUCUUGGGGUAUUUUCCACAUUCACCGCUGUGCCAAAGAAAGAAGGCAUCCUGGGCCUGUAUAAGGGCAAUGGUGCAAUGAUGGUCAGGAUAUUUCCUUAUGGGGCCAUUCAGUUCAUGGCCUUUGACAAAUAUAAAAAGCUGCUGAGUAAACGGAUUGGGAUCUCUGGACACAUCCAUCGCCUCAUGGCAGGAUCUAUGGCAGGCAUGACUGCGGUGAUGUGCACCUACCCUCUGGACGUGGUCCGAGCCCGGCUGGCCUUCCAGGUGAAGGGAGAUCAUCAAUACUCUGGAAUUGUUGAUGUUUUCCGCUCUAUUUAUCGGAAGGAGGGCGCAUUUGGAUUUUACAGGGGCCUGACUCCAACUCUUAUCGGAAUGGCGCCUUAUGCAGGUCUCUCCUUCUUCACCUUUGGCACCCUUAAGAGUCUCGGCUUAAAGCAUUUCCCGGAGCAGCUGGGACGCCCCUCGUCAGACAACCCGGAUGUGCUCAUUCUGAAAACCCACGUCAACCUGCUCUGUGGAGGGAUUGCAGGAGCCUUUGCUCAGACUGUCUCCUACCCCUUGGAUGUGGCAAGGAGAAGGAUGCAGUUGGGGACUGUGCUUCCGGACUCAGAUAAAUGUGGAUCACCUAUCAAGACUCUGAAGUACGUGUAUGAGAACUACGGGAUCAAGAGAGGACUAUACAGAGGCCUUUCUCUUAACUACAUCCGCUGUGUGCCCUCACAGGCCAUGGCCUUCACCACCUAUGAGUUCAUGAAGCAGGUCCUCCAUCUGAACUAAUCUGAACUACUCUCCUCCUGAGCCUGAAUGAUCUGAUCAACCUCCAUGUUUCCCAGAUGGAGUAACCGUUCCAUCAGGGAAUCACUCCAUACGUCUUAAACUCCUUGAGUUCCCUAAAGAAACCCAAGGAGUCAUUUAAAGAAGGAAAAAAAGGAAGUCUGGUGUCGAACAAAUGACUGUCAUUCCCUGUCACCUGCAUCAUCACUGAAGACAUUUUUGGUUUAGAAGAUUCUUAGGAUUUUAUGAUCAGUUAUUCUAGCAGCAUCAAAGCAGCCCUAGAAUGUUUAGCAAUCAUAUUUUGAUCAUUUCUCACAAUUUUACUUCAUUUUAAGAAUAAAAUAAUCAAAAUACGA